AUGACGGAUUUAGAACAAGAUGUGAAGCCAGCAGAGGACAGUGAUGAUGAGGCACUGCUGGAUGCUCAGGUUCAGUUGUUGAUCCAGGAGUCAUGUCAGGCCCACCACCGGGCCAGACCAAGCAGCAGGAGCAGUGAAUAUGUGAAUCUAGUGGACGCCAUCAAAAAAUGUGACUUGGUGGCUCUGCAGGAGUUGUGUGAAAACCCAGACGCCUUCAGUCAGGUGGACAGUCGUGGCUGGUAUCCUCUGCACUGGGCCGCUGUGCAACCUGUGGUGGAGGUACUGGAGACAGUCCUAUAUGCAUCUUGUCGGCUGACGCUGGAGGAGACCACAGUUGAAGGAGAGACGUUCCUGACCUCUGCGGUGAAUGCUGGUUUGGUCGACAAUGUGAAAAUGUUACUCAAACAUGGAGCCUCCCCUCACACCACCAACAGCAGGAAUGAGUCUCCUCUGCUUCUAGCAGUCAGAUCAGGAUCUCGUAAAAUGGUUGCGACUGUGUUAAACGGAGGGGCUCGUGUGGGGCAGGUGUGUCUAAAGAAGUGGACUGCCAUGCAUGAAGCGGCCAUGACGGGGUACGCCCACAUCAUGGAGCUGCUGCUGUCCAAUGGGGGGAAGGUGACUGACACUGACCAGCAUGGAGUCACCCCUCUGGGCAUCGCUGCAGAGUACAGCCGCGCAGAGGUCCUGGAGAUACUCAUCAAAAAUGGCGCUGAUGUGAACGCUCAGGCUCCAAAUGGUGACAGUGUCUUGUACGAUGCGACUGGUUCUGGAAAUCCCGACUGUGUGAAUAUCCUCCUGGAGCAUGGGGCCAAUCCCAACAUGCACAACCUGAGUUUCCAGCUGCCCAUUCACAAAGCUGCCUAUGAGGGCCACUAUCUAGCCUUGCGUACACUGAUGCCACUCACCACUCGUCGAGCUCUGCGAUUGGCCGGUCAGAGCCCUGUUCACUCUGCGGCAGAUGGAGGCCACGCCCACUGCCUGGAGCUGCUGCUACAGAACGGCUACGAUGUCAACGCACUGUUAGCUCCUCAUGUCUCCGAAAACUACGGCGACAUGAGAAGAAGCCCUCUUUAUUUUGCUGUUUGUAAUGGUGAUAGGACAUGCACAGAGUUAUUACUAAACUCUGGAGCCCAACCCGAUCUGGACCCGCUGAGCUGUCUCCUGGUGGCGGUGCGUUCAGGGCGGUACGAAAUAGUGAAACUGCUUUUAGCGGCUAAAGCAGAUGUGAACUGUUACUUCACUGCAGUCACAGACACUGUAUUCCCCACGGCUCUGCUUUACUGCCUGAAGGAUGAGGUGAUGAUGCGGCUGCUGCUGAACCAGGGCCUUGACGCCGAGAAAUGCUUCUGCUGUUCCCAUGACGACAGCUGGGACGACCACGUGGAGUACAGCCAUGACCAGGAGGAGAAGGCUACUUUCUGUGACUUUGUCAGUCUGUCAUGGCUUGUGAACUUAGCCGGUCGAGUGGUGUCCAUCCUCCUUGACUAUGUUGGGCAAGUUUCUCUCUGCAACAAACUGGUAAAGAUUUUGGAAAAUCAGAAGGAAUGGUCCCAGAUUCAGGAAAUUAUAUCCAUCCCCAGACCUCUGUCCCAUCUGUGCAGAGUGGUCAUCAGGAGACAUCAGGGCUGCCACAGCAUCAGUUUUCUCAAAGCACCAAACCGAAUCAAAGACUAUCUGCUGUUUAAAGAAAAUGAUCUGUAUGGAAAAGUCCUCUGUAGGGACAAAUAAAGAGACUAAAC